GGCAGCUGGACGGAUACUCAAAACACGUAUUGCCGAACCCGACUAGCAUGCAAGAGCUGGACAAGCUGCAAGGAGUCGCCUGUGAUGUGAGGAGAGGGAUAGAGAGAGUUUGGARGAGAAAAUCCUUUUAGAUAUCCUUCAGUCUGCUUGUUUCUAUGACAACUCUUUUGGCCAUUUAGUGGAACGGUAUAUCUCCACAAAUUUCUGACAAAGGCCUACGGGUUUAUCAUCGUUAAAAGCAAUCCAUCGAAUACCAGUUGAUGUAGAGGUGAAGUAAGAGCGAGUAUAGGGUGAAGAGUGGUUUUGUUGGCUGUUUCAAUAAUUUAAAUGGUGUAAAAUAGAGAGGAGGAGAGGGAGGGGGGUAGAGAUAGGGAAGGUGGGUACUGGUUUGGUUCUCGGUUGUGGCUUGACAUCGUUUACGAUCAAAGCUAUAUUUCGAUAAAAGAGCAAACAAAUGAUGGAAGUGGAACUGAAUAAUGAAUGCUUAUCAAGCGUGUGAUUUGUACAGGUUAUUGAGACAAGGAGGCAGGUUACUGAGAAGGGUGAUUUUAUCAUCAAUGUGAUCUCUGAAAUCAGAUUUUAUCAUCAAACAUUUCAUUUUUAAAGGGACUUUCACUCGAAUAUGGCCAAUUUGGAUCUGGUUUGUUAUAACUUACAAAUUUGAAUUGCAUUUGUGGUACGAAUACCAUUUCAUGUUGUAUCACUUAGUCGCCAGUCGCCGAAGGAAAGGAGAAGAGUGACAUAGAGAGACGGAAGCUCGUAUCUUUCUUCGCACAUGGACUAAGGGAGUCCCGUGUUUAGGAGAGGUGGCUUUCCCUAAAUGGGAGGACACUGAUGGCGGACAGAGUGGGAAGACAGACGAUUCCAUCCCGAGUCCCCUGUAGUCGUUACGCAGCAGCUAAACGAGGUUUUUCAGUAAAAUUUCUUUUUCGUGAAAAACAUAAUCUGAGUUUUCCAUGGCGUCUCUGGUUCGAUUCGUCAGUCAUAAGAGGCUUCAAUCCAUACACUCCGUAAUGAUUUCUUUGUAUCGAGACACUGUAUUCGAUCACUCUCUUUCAUCCAGGGGUUCUCUGGUCUGUUUCUGCUGUUCAAUUCAAGCCAUGCCUAGACUCUUAUAUUUGCAGAGGACAAUUUCCUUUAAAUGUUUUUUUACUCAUGUUGCAUGUGCACACCAGAGAAGCUAUGGAGCAACUAGCUGUAGCUUAGAAUCGUUAUGCAUGUCUACUCUGUUUUCUUCUUUGUGCUCAAAAAAUACAAAUUUGCAUGAAAUCCAUAAUGCUCUUUUAAAAUGGCAACAAGUUAAAUACAUGAGCAAUGUUCCAGUGAUGCUAAAAACAGACAAUGAUAUGGUUAGAUUUUGCCUUGAUAAGUUACCGCCUGACAAGAAUGGGUCCCAAAUAAAAGGGAAGAAGAUGCCCAAACGUGUGAAGAUGUCCAAAAAAGCAAAACUAAAUGAACUCAGAUUCUACCGACUCAAGGCCAAGAAGAAGAUCAGGUCCCCAAAUCCAGAAGUUAGGAUUAGAUACAAACUUGAAAAGGCUAAACGGAAGGAGCUGUGGCUGAUUGAAAAGCUGAGGAAAUUUGAGGUUCCUAAAGCUCCGGCUGAAACAUAUGAUCCGGAAAGUUUGACUGAAGAAGAAAGAUUUUACCUAAAGCGCACUGGUGAGAAGAAGAAGAAUUAUGUCAUAGUUGGAAGACGUGGAGUAUUUGGAGGUGUAGUUCUCAAUAUGCAUCUCCAUUGGAAGAAGCAUGAAACAGUGAAGGUUGUUUGUAAACCCUGCAAGCCUGGGCAGGUUUAUGAAUAUGCUGAAGAACUUGCACAGCUAAGUAAAGGCAUUGUAAUUGAUAUAAAAGCCAACAAUACUAUAAUAUUCUACUGUGGAAAGAAUUAUGUCCAACCACAGGUUAUGUCACCUCCAGAUACCCUAUCCAAGAACAAGGCCUUGGAAAAAUAUAGGUAUGAACAGUCUCUUGAACACACAAGCCAGUUCAUUGAAAAAUUGGAGAAAGAGCUAGAAGAGUACCAUAAGCACCUUGCUAGAUACAGAAAGGGAAAAGAGACUGCAUCAGAUGAUUCUACAUCUAAUAUCUGAUGGUAUUUCUCUUUCAUAUCAGCUUUUAUAUUUCUUAAAUAUUGCUAAAAGAAAAAAAAAUAAAGGGAAAUCUCCUAUAGGGUUGGUAUAAUAUUGGGGUGCUCUUGUUUAUUGGGCUUUUUCUUGCCCUGAGACCACAAAUAUAAUAUUUAAGUUGAAUCCAACCAUAUAGGUGGCUGAAGCUUUGGAUCCUAGUCCAGCAUCUAUCUGGUUAUGAUUGUCAUGUCCAUGUAAUGAUUAGUGAAAUCUCAGGCAAUGAUUUUUAUUUCUAAGCUAAUUAAGUUCAGGCAAGAACAUAACCCUAGCUGGCUAGCUGCAUUCAAAAUUACAAGAAAGAGUCACGAAUCAUCAUGUAUUAAAGCAUCAAGUUCUCAUCUCUAAUCUGAAGGUGGAGAGCAAAGUUUGAUAAGGAAUCUGAAGGAGCUGGUGAAGAAUUUUGAGCUCAUCUCUAAUCUGAAAGUCAACCUUGAUAAGAGUUGCAUAGCAGGAAUCAACUUAGAGGAAGAGGAACUGGACUUUUCUGUAAAUAUUUUGGAGUGUUAUAUCGCUAGUUGGCCCUUGACGUACCUAGGACUUCCUCUAGGUGCAAACCCCAAGGAAAGUAGAUUCUAGAACCCCAUAGUGGAGAGAUGUGCAAAGAAACUGGCAGCUUGGAAGGGGAAAUAUGUAUCUCUGGGAGGAAGGAUUACCCUGAUCAAAUCCACACUUGCUAACCUGCCAAUCUAUUUCCUAUCAGUGUUUAGAAUUUCCCAAAAAGAAGCCAAGAGAAUUGAGAAGAUUAUGAGAGACUUCUUGUGGGAGCUGGAUGAUGGAAGGAAGGAUCAUUUGAUUAAAUGGGAGGUGGUUUGUAGAAAUCUUCAACAAGGAGGAUUGGGUAUUGGUAGUGUGGAUAAAAAGAAUAAGGCAUUGUUAGGGAAAUGGCUUUGGAGGUGGCCGGUGGAAAGGGAUAGAUUGUGGCAUGAAGUAAUAGCCAGCAUAGGGAAAUGGUUGGGAAGUAGGUGUAUCCAACAAAGCUACUCUGGCCUUGCCUUGGAAAGCUAUUCACAAUAUCCUACCUCACUUUCUCCGCUUCGUCAGGAAUGAUGUUUGUUCUGGGAUUUCUGUUAAAUUUUGGGAGGAUAUUUGGCUUGGUUCUUGUCCGUUAAUGGAAC